UUGGAUGUAACACACGAGGCCUCGAUCGACGCUCAUCCUGGCGUCCACGUUCACCGUCUGACAACAACCGGUGCGAUACUACUCGCGCACAGGAUAUACAGCCUCCUCGGUACGAAACUGUCAACAAACGUCGGUUUCCGUUCGGCAUACGAAUCGGUGAUUCGAUCGGAACAAUGAGCAAGUACUUUGUGAACGUUCUGUGGCUACUUCCGGUGCUGGCUGUCGCGUUGCCGGCCAACGACAAGCCUGGAAACGAGAAUGACCUGAUGGCGACGAUCUACACCGAUUGCCUGAAGAAGGAAUCGAUCAACUGUAUCAAGUACAAAGUAUUCUCAUACGUGGACAAAAUGCUCGCGGACAAAGAGGAUAUCACGCUCACGGACGGCAUCACCGUGGUCAAGACUUCGAACACCGAAGAAGGCGCACCUAGAUCCAUCGAGUCCAGCGACUUGGAUACGCUGUUGUUCGAUCGUCUAGGAAGGUUCCUCAGGACCCACACGGUCAAGGUUGACCUCAAGGGUACCGACAUCCUUGGCGCCAUUGAAUCAGCUGGUCGAAGCUUCGAAGACUUCACUGACAAUGCUGUCGAAAGUCGUGGCAAGAAAAAGAAGGCCCAGAAAAUUCUCGGCCCGUUGAUGAUGGCCCUCGCCCUGAAGGCCGCAGCCCUGUUGCCACUAGCCUUGGGUGCGAUCGCGGCGAUCGCUGGUAAGGCUCUGCUCGUCGGUAAAAUAGCCCUGGUGAUAUCAGCCAUCAUCGGACUGAAGAAGCUCCUCAGCUCGAGCGGAAAGCACGUGACGUACGAGGUGGUGUCGCAUCCUCAUCAUAGCAGCAGCCACGUCGUCAGCCACGACGAAGGCCACGGUGGUUACGGUGGCGGUGGCGGUGGCGCCGACUAUGGUGGCGGCUAUUCUGGCAGCAGUGGCCACGGCUGGGCAAGGAGUUUACCUCAGGAUGCCCACGAAAUGGCCUACCGCGCUCAUCAACCACAACCACAAGCAUGAAGAAUUUCGUAGAGAGUUCCGAUGUCCUUCGGCGUCUAUCACUUUCCUCUCUUCUUUCUUUUCCUAACCACUUUCCUCUUUCCUCGUUUCCUCGAUUUCCCCUUUACCCGUUUUCCUCUCUAUUUUAUACAUAUUUAUUCUUCUUAUCCUCCUCGAUAACUCGAAUCCUCUCGAUCUAAUAACUCUGUCGCUCUCUUCUUGAUCAACAACGAACCAGUACCUCCGCGAGAUACUCGUUCCCCAUGUAUAGCGUAAAUUGUUAUUUAUUCAUUGCGCCUAACGCCUGUUCUAGUAUUUAUUUAAUUUUAUCCAUUCGAUCGUGUGCUAUUGUUAUUGCCUCACAUUGUUCUUUGUAAUAAAGAGAUGACGAACGGCGCGUUGCGUCUUGUC